AUGUCCAGAACCCACCCGGCCGCCUCGACUUACCGUCAGCCCAUGAAUUCGAUGGAGUUCGACAGCGACAAUGAGAGCGACGUCUUCUCUAUGGCAUCGGCUGCUCCUUACAGCGUUUCUGGUUCUAUGACUUCAUAUGACGUUGAUCUCUCAAUGCGCUCGGCUUCACCAGCCCCGUCAGUCGUCUCAAUUACGGACUCGAUGCAGUCGCUCUACAGGCAGGAACAUGGACGAAAUCUCAACAAUUAUUCCAAUGUCUAUCAUCUCCCGGCGGAUGAAGAGGAGCUGGACCGACUGGAUAAGCAGCACACCAUGUUCGUGGACAUGAUGGGAGGGAAGUAUGUCCCUGGGAUGGAAGCCGUCAUGGCAGAUGACGUUCCAGGAGAGACGAAGGCCUGCCUCGAUCUCGGCUGUGGCAGUGGCAGUUGGAUCAUGGAUGUUGCACGCGACUUUCCCCGUUGCAACGCAGUCGCUGUUGAUCUUGUGCCAAUGCAAUCAACGAGUAUGCCACCAAAUCUCCGGAGCGAGGUCGACGAUAUCAAUCUCGGACUGGAACAUUUUUACGGGGAUUUUAACGUGGUACAUGCACGUCUUAUCUCGUCUGGAAUCAAGGACUACCAUCUCUUGGUCGAUCAGAUCAGUCGUGUCCUACGGCCUGGUGGUCUCAUUGACAUUUCCGAAUUCGAUUUUCACAUGUAUGACAAAGACCACCGCCGGAUUGAACUUGGAACGCACGAAAUCGGCCCUCCUUGGUGGGCUCGCUGGAUGACAUUCUUGAAUGUGGCAAUCAGAACCAAAGGCGGUGAUGUGGACGCCGCCACGCAUCUUUACGACUGGGUGUCGAGUAACCCUCUUUUUGAAGGCGCUGUCUAUCGAGAAUUUUGGCUACCUGUCGUUCCCGGCCCUCGUGAAGCGAACGAGACGGAAUUUCAGCGACGCUUUUACACGAAGCUGCGAGAAGAUGUCACGUCGUUUGUACGCUCCGGUCGACCAUUGCUUCUAGGUAGCGGUCUCUCGGAAGAUCUGGUCGACGACCUGGAGAAGAACGCCAUGGCAGAGCUGGAGAGGCGAGAGUCACCUCAGUAUACUCGACUCCAGUGUGUCUACGCUCGAAAGAAAAUGGUAACAUAA